AUGCCUCCCGCGCAGCUUCAUCCGGGAGCGCCCCAGGUGGUCGCUCCGGCGCCUGCGGUCCCUCUUCAGUCGCCACCGCCUUCGGAGCUGAUGGACGUCGACCCCUCAGCCGGGCCGCCUUCCCAAGCGGUGGCUGUGCAGCCUGUCCUGCAGCCGCUUUCCUUGGGCACCCCCAAGGAGUCUGACACCGCAGCGCCUUGUCCGGGGCCCACUCAGCAGCCGUCGACGCAGCGUCAGGAGACGCUGCCUCUCUUCGUGGGUCCCGACGCCCCCAGAAAGCGGAUCCCUUCGUGGUCCGUGAAGCGCCACAAGACGCGGCUCUACUGGGCAGUGGAAGUGGGGCAGUCUCAAGCACAGAUAGCGCCCACCCACUCCCCUCUCCUUGGCCGGCGUCCAGCGCUCAGCGUCCAGGGGUCGAGUCAGAGUGGCGCCGCGCCGUAUAUCUGCGCCUGCGCCGCGCCUCCUUAUCUGUACCGCGUGUGCCUGAGGAUGCGUUCGUCCGGCUGA